CUCGCUUGGAGGCUGACGAGUGUCGUUUUACACCUCUCAAACCUUGCCACUAGUGACCAACUGAAAACUGGUUUUCAAAACGAGAAAUAAACAGGUUUUUGUUUUGAAGAGAAGUUUGACGUUAAAAAUAUUGUGAAGGAGUGACCGAUGCUGAUGGAGCGUAAUUGACGAUGAUGGCUGACAGAAAGUGAUACUAGGAGGUUGAUGAAUUUGUGUGAGAACCUUCAGUAAACAUGGCCAUCAAUGUUGUUAUCCCUCUGUUGAUACCACUAGAGGAGAACCUUCAGAACUCGACGCGGCUGUUGUCAGGAGCUGGUGCUGGUCCACUGGAGUUCCUGGAGCCUCGCUACUGUGCUGUCAUGGACGAAGAUGCACAGUUGGCCUCGCCUGUGGUUGCAGUCACCGCCACACACAAACAAGGUGGUGAAGUACGGUACAGCAUCACUGGAGGUAAUAAAGACGGUCUCUUCACCAUAGACCAGCGUUCUGGCCUCAUCACCCUGGCAGCAGCACUGGACUACGAGAUCCACGACAAGCACGAGUUGGUGGUAGCAGCGGAGGCAGCCGUGGGAGGCACGGGCGUGAGCGGCGGCGGCUCGGGCGUGGGCGGGGAGGCGGUGCACACCAUCGUGCAGGUGCGGGUGGCAGACAUCAAUGACAACCCUCCAGUCUUCGUGCACCCGGACCCAGUCUUCACGGUUAUCGAGGAAGAUGACAGAGAUUUACCCACCACUAUCACUACGGUUGAAGCACGAGACAAGGACGCUGGGGACCAGCACGGGCUCCUCUACACUCUACGUGGUGAUGGAGUGGAUGGUUACACUCCUGCCGAUGCUUUCUUCACCAUUAACCCACGCACUGGAGAACUUAUCCAACUGAGGGCCUUGGACCGGGACCCACCGAGGGGAAGGGAAGUAUGGAAGGUGCGUGUUCAGGUGAGAGAUGCCCACGCUCACUGGAUGCCCCAAGAAGACGAUCUCUUCCUUUAUCCUGGCUUACCUGGCGACUACAACCAGCCUAUCCCUGCCAGAAUCCAUAGGGACGCCGACGACAUCAGUGAGGGAGGACCGGGUGACACGCGAUUGGAGAAGAGAGACGUUGAGUAUCUGCAAGAUCGAGAAAGAUUUGAGGGUUCCGGCGAAGAAAGGGGAAAACAGUUGGAAGAUGAAGAAUCUUCAAGAAGGCUUCCGUCGAUGGGGUUUACAGGAGGGCAGCGUAUGCCAAGAGACAAGUCUGUGCAAAUGCAUUUUCCAGUAUUGGCAAAUAGCAAGCGGGGACGUGUAAGUGAUUGGGAAAAUUAUGAAAAACCUCGAAGGCGAAGAAGAAAUGCAAGUAACCAAAACAUGAGGCAAUACAAAAACAGGAACACUGUGUUCAGUAUCCCUCCACAGCCUCGGAAGAAAGAAUAUAAAAUUCACAGAGGCUUCACCAGGUUCCCUGAAAAAAGAGGGCAAGAGGAAGGGAGACUUCAAUCAGAGAGACUACAUAGCCUGUACGAAGAAUCAGGUCAUGACACAAAGGUUCACCCAAGAGGAACAGAAGGUGCUGAUGGGCGGAGUACUCAUUACCAUUUUGAAAACACCGUAACAAUGACAAGCGCAGAGCUUUCAGCUAUAUUUGCACAAAACAGUUCUCAGUCAUCUAGCCAGGACUCAGAUGGCUCUAGCAAGGCGUUCGAAUCUCUUGGCAAAGACUAUUCUAGUAAUCCAAUAGAACGGGGAAAGCAGAGGAGCCAUCCUAGCUGUUCACAUGUCUCUUCUCUAAAUCCCCUACGUGAGGUAAGAUCAAAUAGAGAUGAUGUAUACCCAUUUACAAGCUCGCCACUGGAGCCAACUAAAGCAUUUAACUCGUAUGAUCUUCCAGUUAACAGCAGUGAAAGGCGGGUCAUGAUAACCAAAACACAACACGUUAGCAAUGGUGAGUCUAGACGAAGUUCCCUUUCUUCCUGGAGAACUACUGCAUCGAAUUCGAGUUUAAGACAAAAUCAGAGGUUUCCUUUCGGCUUCGAUUCAGCCACUGUGACCUCUAUAAUCAACCCCUCUUCGAUCGGAAAAAGUUUGUACUCAGAUUCCAGCAUUGUGGAAACCGGAAAGGGAAACAGAGAUAAGAAACUUAAGAGAAUAGUUAGAAAAUAUCACAAGGCAAAAUCAACAUCAGUCAGAGAUGCAGCUGAUUAUGCGAGAACUAUGGAUUCAUUUCCAACUUCAGGAGUGAAUAACCUUAAAUUCACAACUAAAACUAAGCCGGAAUAUUCGGAACACACUUGGCUUUCAAAUCCCGGGGAAAAAUUCUCUACUUCAUCUCGGAGUUUGGAGAAUGCAUCAGGUUUGAAAACGAAGCUACCUUCAUUUGCAUUACAAAAGUUUGUGCACGGAAGUCAAAUGAAUUUAAACUAUGAAGAGACAUACCGUAAAACAUUCUUGCAGAGAUAUCACAAAGUUUAUGGUACCUCUUCCCCAAGAAGUAACCAACUGGACCUGGCUUUCAGCAGCCAGAGAAUCCCAGCAGUAUCGUCUUCACUAUUUCUUAGGAAAGGGAAGUCUCAGCUAUUUACCGACAGACUCAAAACAAACUCCGAAAUGAUGAAAGGUAAAGCAAGAGAAAUACAAGACACACUCACCAAUAACAGUUCAAGGGGAAGACUCUUUGCAGACUCUCUUGCUGCGAUGGGUCGAGAGUUCUUCUCAGAAAGCCACCAUCGCAAAGUCUCCCGGGUUGCUCGGGGAGCCUCAGCUUCCGCUCAUCUUCACGAUCAUUAUGAGAUGGACGACUUUGAUGAAGGAGGUGGCGACGGCGGCGGUGGUGGCGGGGGAGGCUGUGAGGACGUCAGCGUGUUUGGCGGGGAAGUACAGAAUAAGAACGCCACUGGAGGUGAAAGUUGGCAAUCAGGCGUUGAAGAAAGGUGGGGUCGAGGCCGUGGGCGUGUGGGACGUGUGCACGUGGUGGAGACCGUGGUGACGGUGAUGGUGAAGGACAUCAACGACAAUCCGCCCAUCUUCCCCAACACCACCAUGUUCGGCGAGGUACAAGAGAAUGGACCGAUCGAUUUGUCUGUGGGGGUCAUCUCUGCCUGGGACGCCGAUGACACGUCUGAGGGUACCAACGCCAGGCUUACCUAUUCCAUCGAGAAAAAUGUAAUCCACGAGAGGACAGGAGAGGCCAUCUUCACGGUGGACCCACAGAGCGGCCUCAUCCGCACCGCACUCUGCUGCUUGGACCGUGAGGCCACGCCUGAGUACCACAUCCAGGUGGUGGCCUCUGAUGGAGGCGGACUGAAGGGCACAGGGACGGUGGUGGUUCGCCUGGCGGACGUGAACGACAAUUCUCCCCGCUUGGCACGACAACUGUGGGAGCUGCAGGUGGAGGAGACGUGGGGUGAGGGACCUCCUGACAACAAAACCAUUCUGGAGAUCUCCGCAGCUGACAGGGACACCUCCAACUACUUCUUCUACAGGGUGGUGGAGGCGAGUGGGUGGGGCUGGGAACACUUCGGGAUGAGGUCGGUGGGUGUGAUGGGUCAACUCUACGCCAUCAAGACUCUUGACUACGAGAACGAAACUCACCGACGAGGCUUCAAGUUCAUGGUGCAAGUCACUGACAGGGGUAGAGGAGGCUGGAGUGACCCUCGCCACCUGGACUCCGCCUGGGUGUCCGUCAGACUGAGGGACGUCAACGAUAACCCACCACAGUUUCAGCGUCCUCACGCCCACGUUACUGUGAGGGAGGACACCGCCCCUGGCACCCUCCUGGCCACCCUGCCCGCCCACGAUCCUGAUAUGGGAGGGACCCAGGAGGUGGAAUACCACGUGACGGGGGGCUGGGACUCCCUCACUGUCAACUCUGAAGGAGGAGUGAGCCUGUGGCAGGCUCUGGACCGCGAGGCUCCCGACGGUGCCAUCGGUGUAGCCAAAAUCAUCAGCGUGGACCGCGGAGUGCCGCCCCUCAGUGCCACUGCCACCCUCACCAUCACCGUCACCGACGUCAACGACUGCCCACCACGCUUGCUGCCGCCCACGCUGCUGCACGUGGCCGAGGGCGGCCCACCCACCCUCUUGGGCGUGAUCACGGCCACAGACCACGACGUGUGGGCCUUGGGCCACGGACCGCCCUUCAACCUCUCCCUGGCUCCCAGCAAUCCAGCCCACGUCCUCUCCCAUAUCUCUCUCACCUUCGACUCACACCUGGACAGUGGUCGGGGAGGUGCCCAACUGUGGACGAUCAAGGCCGUGGACCGGGAGAUGCAUCCUCAGCUGCUGGUCGGGGUGUGGGCGGCCGACGCCCAGGGGCUCUCCGCCACCCACACCGUCACUGUUAUCAUUGAUGACCUCAAUGAUAACCCCAUGAAGCCUGCUGCCAAGACUGUCUAUCUAUGGAAGACUCAGGGAGGAGGCUUGGACGCUCCGCUGGGUCGCAUCUACGUGGAUGACCCCGAUGACUGGGACCUCGCAGAUAAGACCUUCCGUUGGGUGGGCUCCCCUCAUCCUCUCUUCUCCCUUAACCCCGAUGAUGGCACCAUCUUCGCCUCCAGCCAGGUCCGCGAGGGAAGGACGAGCUGCAGUUCCUGUGAGCGACCGCGUGUGGGGUCAGGGGAGGGGUUUCCUUUUAAUGUGAACCCCCUGGUGGUGAAAAAUGCUCACGCCAGAGACUCUCGCCCCCCGGGUGCUCCCGUCACCCUCACGCCCACCACGCCCGCAGGGGCCUCACCCGGGGGUGGGCGCCCACGGUUUCCCUUUUCUUUUCCGCUCUCUCAGGACGGUGGUGGCCACCUGGGUAAAGUUACAGAGGCUGUGAGGAGCGUGGUGGGUGACGCGGGUCACACUGUGGAUGUGGUCAGUGUUUAUGGCUAUCAGCAGCAGUCCCGGCAGGCUGGCCCUCAAGAGGCUCCCCACGCCGCCCCACCCCUUCCUCCGGGAAGUCAGUUCGAUGCUGAGAUCGACAAGGCUUCGGAGUUUCCAUCAACGUGCGUGUGGGUCAGUGUCAGGGAGGACACUGGUCGCUUCAUGGACCCAGUAAAACUUCAAGGUCUUCUUGGACUCAACACUAGACUGCUUGAGGAGAAGACCCGCCUGACGGUGGUGGUAGAGGACGCGGCUGCCAGAAGCGCAGGAGGCCAGGACCCACUGCAGGAACUCCACCAGCAGGAGCAACAGACUUCGCUCUCCGCAACUCUGGGCUUGAACAGCGAGUCAGAACCUUCUUCAGCAGCUACCCGUGCCUCCACGGCUCUGCCUCUCCAGGUAGUUGACACCAACGUGACCUCACUGGUGACUCCACGCCUGACCCGGGCCCUCGCCUGCCACGCCUAUGAGCCGGAGUCGUGCACGCCCAAUUCCUGUCUUAACGGCGGCCGCUGUCUGCCCUCCAGCCACGGAAACAGGUGUGUGUGUCCACAGGGGUCAGUGGGUAACCGGUGCAAGGUGAUGGCUCGCACCUUCAGUGGGUCGGGAUGGGCGUGGGUCCGCCCGCUGCCUCCUUGUCUCCCCGUUACCGUCUCCUUCAGGAUCCUCACCCGUCGCCCGCAUGGUCUCCUUCUAUACUCCGGUCCUCUGGCACCACAACCACGCCGCCCACAUACCGCACCCACGCCCAUGUUGGCCGUGCAGCUGUGGGAAGGACGGCCGCAAGUCUUACUCGAGGGACAAGGAGGACCACUCAAAAUCCAAGUGAAUACAACAUUAGACGAUGGAGACUGGCACGUCAUCCAUCUUCAUCUCAACACUCAGGGUGUGUCUCUGAUGGUGGACCUGUGUGGGCGUGGGUGGGAAGAGCGCGCCCACGAUGACACCCACUGCGUGACGCGGGCGGAGUGGACCACCCCCAGGGGCGGACGGGCCUGGGUGGAGUCACCGCCCUUGCAGGUGGGCGGGCUGGCACACACGCCCCCACGCCCCGAUGACCACGGGUGGGUGGAGGCGCCCACAGUACGCCCACUGGACGGGUGCCUCUCUCACCUCGUCCUCAGCGGUCAGCUGGUGGAUCUGGGAGAGCCGGCCUACAGCAAGGGCAGUGAGGGCGGCUGUCACCCUCAGGAGGAGGCCUGCCCGGGUGGCUCAGCCGGGUGCGGGAGGCGUGGGAUGUGCGCGGGCGGCCUCCAUCACCCGCAGUGCGAGUGCGAUCCAGGGUGGUCAGGCCCCAGCUGCGCCUCCCCCACCAUCCCUGCCACUCUCGGCAAGUCGUCCUAUAUGAAGGUGGCGCUGUCGUUCACGCCGGCGCCGCGAGUUGUGACAGUACAGUUGCGGGUGCGGACCCGCGGCACUCGAAGUGGCCUCUUGCUCCAUCUGGCUGCUCACCAUCGUGCUGCUGCUUUCACAGUUCAUUUACGUGCAGGAGUAGCAUGUGCGUCCGUAUCUGGUGCUGGGUGGGCGGCACGGGCGGCCUGCGUGGAGGGCCGGCCGGUCGGUGAUGGUGCCUGGCACACCAUCAUAGCUGAACGACACGGACACAAUCUAGUCGUCCGUGUCGACGACGGCGACGGAUGGCGGUGCAACGAGUCGCUGGCAUCACUGCUUAGCCCCGCCAGGGACGCCAGGUCGUCGCCGGCGCCGCUAGAGGUUGACAAGCAUGAUGGAGUGACCGUGGGAGGAAUGCCGGAGUUCGCGGGAGUUAACCUCGUCACUGUCCACGACGACCUCAGUGAUAGUUGUGUGGAUGAUCUGCGUGUAUCCGGACGGCCGCUGCCACUGCCACCAGCUGUUAACGGCACCAGCUGGGGUCAAGUGACGACCUCUGAACGUGUGACCCAUGGCUGCCCUGCUCCAGAUUCCUGCCUGAACACCACCUGUGCUCCGCCACUCUCCUGUGCAAGUACCUGGGGACGAGCCACCUGCAGCUGUGGAUCCGGGCGUCAGCUGGUGGGCCACACCUGUGAGGACGUGGAUGAGUGCCUCUGGCGGCCCUGCCUGCACGGUGGCACCUGCUACAACCUGCGGCCCGGCUACCUCUGUGUUUGUGGCCCGGGCCACACCGGUGAUAACUGUGAAUGGGGCGGCUUGGCGUCAAGUGGGCACCCACUCACAGCCCCUGCUGCCAUAGCGGCUCUCACUCUCUCACUUCUCUUACUUGUGGUGCUGGGUGUGGUGUUCUCCAUCCGUUUGCACCGCCAGUGGCAGGGUCGGGCUCUGGCUGCCCGCCAGGUGGGCAGGGUGGGCGGGGAGGAGGAGGAGGAGGGCACUAUCAUAGCAGUGAAGGGCGGCAUAGAUGACAGUGCCGGCACUAGGCUGAAGGAUGAUGGAGAUCACGACACAUUUCUCGACUGCCUCAAGUACAACCUACAACCCACAUCCCUAAAGCAAGACGACAGCACAGCUGGCCCUGCCAGCAGCACCAUCUCCUUGAUGGAGGAGGCUGCCACAGCAGCAGCAGCUGGUGGAGUACCCCGGUUAGCCGCCGCUGCCACCGCUCCAGAACCUCUACCGGCCAGGGAUGACCUUCGAGCUUAUGCCUACGAGGGUGACGGGUCGUCCGCGGGUUCUCUCAGCUCGGCCAUAUCAGGUCUGCGGGUGGAGCUGGACGAGGAGGGGAACAUCAAGCCGCUAGUGUCCGAGUUCCUGGAAGUAAUGGACUUGUUGAGGAACUUGCCCGAAGCCACCAAGUGUUCCUCACUCCUCGCUAAACUUGACGAGAAGUUGGUUCUUAAAGGCAGCAACAGUAGUAGUGGGUGUGGGCAGAAGAGACCGCCACACCACCCUCACCCGCCUCCUUCAACACCACAGACCAAUGCAUCGUCCACGCCAUGCACCAGCACAUCCAAGCCAUGCAACAAAUCACCCACGCCAUGCAACAAAUCAUCACCACCAUGCACCAAUACAACAUCAACGCCACGCACCAAAUCACCCAUACCGUGCAACAAAUCAUCCACGCCCUGCACCAGUACAUCAUCCACGCCAUACAAUAAAUCAUUCACGCCAUGCAGCAAAACAUCAUCAACACCAUUCGCCAGUACAUCAUCCACACCCAUGCCUAAAUCCUGCUUGACCUCCACCACUCUCAGCAAAGAACCACGGCACACGAGCACCAGAUCUGUCACCUCAUCCCAAAAUAUAGAGGAACACUCUACAUCCUGCUGAUGUGAUGUUGUGGCAGUGGCAUCCAGCUGGCUCACAUACUCAGGGACAAAGAGAAAUAUAGCCACUCUGCCGAGUAAAAUCCUGAGGAGGAAAAUCUAAGAAAUCCUUAGUUCUAUAAACUGUCUAGUGAUGUUUUGUAAACAGUUUAGUUUUUGGAGAGAUAAGGUGAAUGACAGAGCCGGCGGAAUUUGAGCUGUCAUGUGUAGGCAGGUGUUGUUAAUACGAUUAUAACGAGUGUCACUGUUCAUUUAUAAGUGCUAUGGUUCUUGUACGAUUGCCAUGGUGCAUGCAUAAGUGCCAUAGUUUGUGAGUACCAUGACUCAUGAGUGCAUAAGUCAUGGUACUCUCAUGGUUCAAUCAAUAAUAAUACACCUGUACACAGAAUUUCAUAUCCAAAUUAGUUAUAUAAACAAGUGACAUAUAUCAUUUGUAUAUAAACAAGAGUAUCACCCAAUAGUUCAUAGUAAAACUGAUGAAGUGCGAGGUGGUGCAUCCCCUCAUCUAAGUUUUGGAAUUAAUAUUUUUUAUAAUGUUCAGAAAUUCUUUAAUACCAUUAAUUUUUUUAUGGACUUUGCGCCCAAAAAUGUCAGUGCGACUUGCAUGAGUUUUUUAUUGAAUCAAAUAAAUUUAAAUAACCCACCGGGUUUAGCGAUUAAUAUGAAUAUAAUAAUAUUUAAAUUAAACCAUUCGAGAGAUGCAGUGCUGUUAGGCGCCAAAUAUUGGACGGUGCAGUAUCCACUAUUUGGCGCAUCACUUUCCCGAUAGAGUUGAACCCCAUUGUUGAUGUCACAAGUGCGUUGUAACAGGUGAAGGAGGAAAGUCAAGAUUAUGCGGAGGAUGAUGUUACAGCACUGAUGCGGGAAACAACAAUUACACAACUUGGGAGAAAGUGACACGAAAAAUGUGCAGCAGUUAGGUUACCUUUAUUCCGAAACGUUUCGCCUACACAGUAGGUUUCUUCAGUCGAGUACAGAGGCGGCAGCAGAAGUAGAGAUGUAAAGACGAUGUAAUCAUUCCAUCAUCACCCUUGAAGAAAGUAUUUGAAGGAGUCCCAUGUACUCUUUCCUUAGUCCCAGGCAAAUCCUAGCCCCAUAGAUAUCCAAAAUUACUGAAUAACAUUUUCAGAGCCUUUAUAUGUUCUAUGGAAACAAACACAGGCGUCCUAGUAUAAAUUUUAAAUAUAAUUACUGAGAUAACCAGUCUCCACGAGGUGAAUAUGAUAAUGGUAUAGCAUAAGAACAAGUAGAUAAGGCACUGGUGCAUCAGUUAGGUAUCUUUAUACAGAAACGUUUCGCCUUCACAGUAGGCUUCUGUUGCCUCCUCUGUACUCGACUGAAGGAGCCUGUGUAGGCGGAUCCUUUCUGAAUAAAGAUACCUAACUGGUGCACAUGUGCCUUACUUAUCAAUUCCACAAAGGUGGCAGUGAAGCGCUCGUUAACUUUAAGCAAAGGCGUCAAACAUUAUCAUAGUCUCUGAAGAAAGCUAAGACGCUAUACUAUUAAGCGAAUAUAGAAGCAACAUUUACAUAAUCCAAGACAACUAAGGAUGAGAACAAAACGCUUCUGCCUCUCGCAGCUGAUAGAUCACUAUGACAUAGAUUCGAAUGAGCAUCCAAACAAGCAAAAUGCCGACACAUUAUACACACAGACUACGCGAAUGCAUGCUAGAAGAAUAAUGAGAUUGGGAACAGAUGGAGUGUUAACAAUAAUGUAAAUCGGACACACAAAAAAGAAACCAAGAAUAAUCAGAGUGCGCCACAGUGAAAACUUUUCUUCAUUUCUCUCUCUCAUUCCCUAAUCCGACAUAGACAAAAGGACAAGUAAUAAAUCUGUAUUAUUCUUCACAGGUGACACUAAAAUCUGCAUGAUAGUUGCACCCAUCAAGUUCACAGCAAAUCUCGAAGUCAGAGCAAAUCAAGUCUUUCACUGGGCCACUGAAAACAAAUACUACAUGAGAGCAAAUUUCAGCUAUUUCAGAUUUUUAAAAUUUGGAGAAAAAAAUGCUAGUAUAGUACAAAAACAAUCAAAUCACUAGACAGAGCAGAAGAGGAAUGUAAGGGACUUAGUGGUAAUUAUAUACAAAGAUCUUAAAGUUCAAGGAAUACCAUUUUUGUACUCUCAAAACUGCGUGGAAAAUUAUGUCCUGGAUAACAAAAAAAGGCUUCAAAAUAAGGAUACAAAGACAAUUACAAUUAACCUUAAUGUAUAUACUUGUCAAUACAUGCAUGUACUUGUAUUUAGUGUAGGCAUUACUGAAUAUCUGGAGGAUACAUUGGGAGCUUUCACUUUUCACAUCACUACAGAACCUAAGUGGCUGGUAACGCUGAAAAUCUCCCAGUUUUCUCCCUGCAUCCUAGGCCAAAAUGAUUCAAAUAUCUGAAAAAAUACUUGAAUUGGUUUCAAAUCUGUACACUGGAAUAACCUCUUAUAAGAGAGGAGGCAGGUAAAAUUUCCUGCGUUUGUUCAUUUGGUGAACAUCGCCCCCGUGCCUGAUCAGAGUGUCGAUGCUAACAGUACUUAAACCACGAUAGGCACAACAGACCGGUCGAUUAGGAGGAAACUCGAAGAGCUUAUCAAAUUCCCUUUUAAAGACAGCUUGGGGUCUAUAGGAAAUUUAUAUUUAUUUAUGAAGAGAGGGUACUGAAACGUACUGAACCCUUUAGACUUACUCAGUGUACUUGUACUUGUGUACUUAGUGUACUUGUAGCACCCCUGCUCUUCAUAAGGGGUGCUUUGCACCGUCUACCGGGCAGCUUGCUCAUGUAUAGAGGAAUUUCACUGUGCGAAUAUAGAUCCAUUGUCUACAAUUUUGUAAAGGCAUGUAUUAUAAUGCAUCUUUUCCGUGUGUAAUGCUAUAGGUUCGAACCUUUGAACUCCGAUAAGGGAGCAGAGAGUGUCUGGACUCAGCUAUGGUGCCGGAUUUAGACAUACACUUUUUCAUUGGCGAAGUGCAUAGAUCGGAACUUAUAGGCCUCCAGGAAGUACAGCGAGAGGGUUUUAAAUAAUUUAAAUAUUUGAAAUGAUACUGAAAGUGAAAGAUUCCUGUGCAUUCUCCAGAUAUACAUGAAGCAGACGCAAAGGUGUCCAUCGAGUACAUAAAUAACUCAAUAAGCAUGAAGGGUCCGAAGUGUACCAACACUCGCUUCAAAAAAAGUGGGAAUUACCGACAAAUUUCUGACUGUCUUUCAAAGGAAUACCUAAACAACAGGCUAGAAACUUUUCCCGAGGGAUAAAUGAGAGACACGUCCCGAGGGAUGAAUGAGAGGCACUUCCCGAGGGAUGAAUGAGAGGCACUUCCCGAGGGAUGAAUGAGAGACACUUCCCGAGGGAUGAAUGAGAGACACUUCCCGAGGGAUGAAUGAGACACACUUCCCGAAUGACGGAGAAACAUAGGUUCCGCUGGCUCAACAAACCUGACAGAAGAGUUCUGGUCCGAGACCGGGCUUCGAGGGCGAUGAUCCCCAGGGCCAUAACCCCCCAGGGCCACAACCUCCCAGGGCCAUGACCCCCCAGGGCCAUGACCCCCCAGGGCCAUAACCCCUUAGGGCCAUGACCCCCAGGCCAUGACCACCCAGUUCCAUGACCCCCCCAAGGCCAUAACCAGGUGAAUGCUAUCAGAGUGACACACACCACUUACCAGUACCUAAAAAAGAAAGGACUGAAAGAGGUAACAGCGACGCCAGGAAAUUUUUAGCGGCUACAAUAAAAACAAAAAAAGCCGUAAACACAGAAGUCGCUAAUAGAGAUAUAGAUAGUUUUUAUGAUGCAUUUACGUACAUCUAUGUAAUUUAUAUUAAGUGAGAAAUUUCUCAUGUAUAGCGGAGCGUUUGUCACUUCGCUCUUACAAAAAAAAAAAUUGAUUCCUUUUUGCUAUAUUGGCGAGCAAAUAUAGUGUCCUUAGAUAUUUUAUACAUUUAUAGAAUAUCUAUAUUAAAUGUAAUUAAGUUAAA